ACUCUUAAAUAGCGCGCUCGUACAAAAGAAAUAUUAGUUCGUAAAAAUACCACAGUUAACAUGCUGUGAUACCUUUAUAAGAAUGAGCAACCAACCAGCUUCAGUUCUCGAUACCUCUCUCUCAUUCAUUUCCUGCUUAUGGAGUAAUGUAAGAAGAUUGCUACCAAAAAUCUUUGAAACCAAGAACAUAGUGGCUUCUAGAAUGACCUUUAGAAGACUGAUACCUUCUAGUCAGUCUAGUAGCGGGAAAUAUGAAUAAACAGUUGAUGGGACAGGUGAAGUGAAUCGCAAAGUUGCUGGAUUGCAUUGCAAAGCUUUUCGGUUAAUCUUUCGAGCUAACCAGCUGACUUCUAUCUGGUGUACAAAUUAUGAGCUCACAAGGUUUACCUCCUGGAUGGUCUAUGGGUUAUGAUAGUAUCACUGGUUUCCCAUUUUUUAUCGAUCACAUUAACAAGUCAACUACAUGGGAAGAUCCACGAAAGUCUAAAACUCAAAGUAAUAUCACACAGAAUUUACAAUCUGUCCCAUCUUAUUCAUCUGAAUCUAUUAAUAAUCGUCGACAGUAUAACCUUCCUGCAAAUGAACCAGUGAUCGAUCCUUCCAAUCCAGGAGAUAUUAAGUUAGGCAAUGUAGGAGAUAACAUUCAACGUAAAACUCAAUCACAUUAUGAUAAUGUUAGUGAACCAAUACCAAUCAAGGUGCAUUCUAUCAGCUCUUCGAAUAAUAAUAAUAAUAGUAACCAUCAUGAAUAUGAACAAAAGCUGAGCAACACCCCAGCAACUCAGUCGUUUGAUUCGUAUAAACCUAAUCAAAAUUCUUCCACAAAUAAAAGCGAAUCAAUUCCUAUCAAAUCUGUUUCUGUUAAAAUUUCAGAUGAUAAUAAUAAUAAUAAUAAUAAUAAUAGUGAUAAUAAUGAAAAUGUAUCUCAACCAACAACAUCAGAUCCAUUCUCUCUUAUAGAACAAGCUCAAUGUGAACUUGCAGAAAUAGAAACUGAGAUUAGCGGGUUUACUUCUUCAUAUAAAACUAAAGCUUAUCUGUUACUCGAAGAUAAACUUGAUAAGCUUAUGCUACGAUUGGAUAAAAUCGAUUCAUCUGGUGAAAUAUUUAUCAGAAAUAAACGUCGUGAAGUUAUAUUGGCUGUUCAAAAUGCUCUUAAAAAUCUUGAAAAUAAACUGACACAAAUAAAAUCAGAUCAUCAAGAGCAUGUUAUCAGUUUAACUGAUCAAUCUUCUUCUUCUUCUAAUAACAAUAAUAAUACCAACAAUAAUAUAAAUAAACAAGAUCACUCAUCUAUAGAUUCUAGAGAAAUUCAUAUAGGUUCUAAUGAAGAAUGUCAAGACAAGUAGAUCAUUCUCUAUGGUACUUUAUCUUAUUCUUUAAAACUUCAUUGUAGUUCAGUAUUUUCCCGUCUACAUUAUAAUAUUUUCUGAUUAUUAUUAUUAUCAUUAUUACCAUUAUCAUGUGAAUAGUUUGUUUGCUUGUAUAAAAAAAAUAAUAUGACCAUAAUUGAUGCGUUCAUUACUGAAAAGUCUUCUUAGUCGCUUUAUCAUGCUACGAUAGAAAUUUUAAACUUUUUCUCCAUCCUGUUCAUAUCAAGAUAUGACGAUAUUAACUUCUUUUGUCACCAUAGUCGGAAGUUGUCUCUGGUAUUUAUGUUAUGUUCACAUAAAACAUAAAGAGAAAGUCCGGUUAUACUUGAUUUUGAGGGGGCUUUUUAAAUAUAAUAUUUUUAUUUCAUAGUCACUUUGUGGUAACUUCAUUAAUGUCCUUACACAAAAUUUGUCAGACUAAUUGAUUGUAAUUGAUUUACAGUAGUAAACUCAUCGUGAGCUAUGGCAAGAGUGUUAUGAAUAUUAGAAACAACAUGGCAACUUAAAUUUAGUAAGGCAGUCAAUUUCAGUUCAUUUAUUACGAAAAAUGAGUUAUGUUAAUAGGCAGUGAAGGUUCAAGUCAUCCAGUCGUUUUUUGUUAUCCAAGAGGUGUGAGUUAUCCAACAUUUUUGCUCAUUUGGCUGCAUAUAAAUGAUUUUUACCAGCCUUCAUUUGAAGCCCUAACUCAUACCUUAUUCGUUUUUCAUCUGGCAUGUUGGGAUGCACUGCACUAAAGUGUAUUCAUAACAGACAGAUGUGUGAAAUGAAGUCCCCAGCAAGGUUACACUUUCAUGCAGCACCCACUCAUUAAAGGAACGGAACAACGCUGUAUACUGCACAUCUAAUAAAAGGUCGGAUAACCUCAGCCAGCAUAAAACUGAUGAGUACGUCCUCAGUAAAGAUGCGUUAUGUUGCUCCCAUUUGGUCGAAUACACUUAUCAAAACGUUUUUUCAUGCCGGUCAUGGAGUAGACUAUACACUCAAUAUUUGCUAUUGACUGAUUCGUCGAUUACGGUCGCCCAGUUAGUAGACAGGAUACCUACUCCUAAACCCGUUUCUGCUUAUCGAUCCAAUCCUGUCGUCCUUUACUUUGUGAUCGAUAUAAACAAAUAAUUUCUGUUUUAUGUAGUUCCCCAUAUUUCCAAUGAAUUUGGUACUGGCUGUUUAAACAUGUAUUGCUGAAGUUUCGACCAACUAUCAAUGUCGUCAUACGUCUAAUUGAUCAAGUUACCUUUAUCAUCCUCAUCACUACUACACGUAGCUCACCAACUCAUAAACCUCUUUGGAUGUAGUGUUUAUCACUUAGAAGUCCUUUUUGUUAUUAUUCUCACUAGAUACUUGAUAUUUUUACGAAGCCAUUUUUACACAGGUUUUUUUCAUAGUGGUCAAGUUGUGACUGGUUAAUAGGAGUGGUUAGUAUUCGGAUUUCUACACGUAAACUAGCAUUUCGGUAGCCCCUGUAUUGUCAUUCAGUCUUACUAAGACACAUCAACACAAGGAAAUGGGAUCGACGCAAUGGAUAAGAAAAGAGUUGAAAUAGUAGUAAUGUCAAUGAUAGUGUGAAAACCUAAACAC